AGGAAUUAAUCAAAAAAUUUCGGCUUUCUUACAUCAUAUGAUGUAUAACCGCGUCCGGCCGGUUUAUGUGAACCCACCACCAUUGGAAAAUGAUGUCAAAUACGGUUUACAAUGGCCCAAAACCCUAAACAUCUCCGGCAGAAUAUGACACCUCCGCUCCUUCAAGAAAACCGGCAAUCUUCCCGCCAUCCGCCGCCGCGUCCACCGCCACCCGCCACCUCUACCCCUUCAAAAAACCCCAAAAACUGCGUUCCAAUUCAGUCCACAAAUUCAGCUUCAUCAUCAUCAUCUGCGUUCGAUCAAUUAUCUAAAAGGGUUACGAGGGACCUUCCUAAUUUGUCAGAUUGUCAUGGCUGCCGUGUCCGAAUCAACCACACCGAUCCCGACGAUCGCCUUCAAACCCUAGACAGUGUUUGGCGCAUAGUCCUUCUUUGCAAGAAAUGCAUCAGGCGUUUCAAUUCCGGCCAAACAUGCACUUACUGUUUCAAGAACACGGAUGAUUCUGAUUGUUUCAAAUGCCGCAGCUGCAAAAGGCGUGUUCACAAGGACUGUGUUAGUAGGUAUGGGAAUUCUGCGCCUUGGUCUUUUUCUUCUAGUGAAGAAGGGGUAAAGUCGGGACUCUUUGUUUGUAUAGAUUGUUGGGUUCCAAGUUUUUUUAGGAAAUCAAUUGGGGUUUAUAGAAAGAUUCAGAAGGAUGUGCUUAAGAUACAAAAUUGUAGUAGUGAUUUUAAAUCAUCUGAAAAAAUUGCAAAGGAUGCUAACUUUGAAGCCAAAAGGGAGGUUGUCCUGGCCCUGAAAGCAAAGGAUAGCACUUUGCGAAAGGCUGUCGUGACGAAAAAUGCCAUGGGCUUGGCUAAGAAUGCAUCGGAAUUAGUUGCCAAGAAAGAUAAGAAUAAGGGAUUGCUGAAAAGCAGUAGUAUAAGCAGUGAUAAUACUAAUGUAACUAAGGUUGUAAAUGAUGCCGAAUUGGCAUUUCAAUUGCAUCGUUCCAUGAACAGCUCGCCACGAAUUUCAAAAACCUUAGGCCCUAUGAAUUCUAGCUAUGUGGGUGGUCCUGAAAUUUUGGAAUCUAGUAAUGUAUCAUGUAAAUUGUUAGAUUUAGGCCAGACUCUUUCUAAUUCUACAGGUGAGAGGCUUAAGGUGUACUCUCGCACUAGGUAUAGGGGAAAAGGUGGUCGGACUAGUUCUGAGACCCUACCUUCUGUUAUGGUGUACUCUCGCAGUAGGUUGAAAGAAAAAGUUGGCCAGACUAGUUCAGAGACCCCGCCUCGUGUUACAGUUUACUCUCGCACAAGGUUGAAGGAAAAAGUUGGCAAGGCUAGUUCAGAUGCAUCGCCAUGUCUUCUGGUGUACUCUCGCACAAGGUUGAAGGAAAAAGUCUGUCAGACUAAUUCAGAGGCUCCGCCUUGUGUUACAAUGAAUGAGCAUGGCUCUUGUAUUGACUCUGCUUGUUCAAAAGCUGAGUUACUUACAUACAAGCGGAACAGACUAAAGAGGAAAAUGUGCAAAGAAAGCAUUGGUUUAUCUGACCUUAUUACAGAGGAGCUCAAUCUUGGUGACGACUGUAGAGAUUUUUCUGCUCGUCAGGUUUCUCAGCGAGAAGGUUCACAGCAUAACUUGCAUUUUCAGGAUGCUCCCCCCUUGGCCCCCCUGAGUUCUGGUGGAGACAAUAAUGUUCAGGGUGAGUUUUGCACUAAUAAUACUGUUCAGGCUGAAAGCUGCAAUACGCAGCAGGACCGCUUUUUGUUGAAGUAUAGCAGAAGGAAAAAAUGCUCUGAACCAGGGUCAGAUAUGCAUGAGGAUACGUUUCCUCAACCAACACUUGAUCGCAUCAUGCCUACAAAUUGGUUCGUGGAAUCCAGGACAUCAUCAAAUUUCUGAUAUUCGUGCUUGUGGCAGUACUUUGCCAGAAGUCUGAAUUAUACACAGAUAUUGAAGAGUGCUUAGGCUUAGAUUUCCAAACCCCCUCUUCGGCCUGGGUUCUGCCCUGUUGGUCGGGAAUAUUUUUGAAAGGGCUUCCUUCGGGGUUAAGCCUUAAAAAGAAACUAAAAAAAAAAAGGUUACAAUAUCAAAGCUGGGUGCCCAAUGAUCAGUUGCCAUUCUUGAGCUGUUCAAGAGGUGAAGAUCCACCUUACAGACUACUAUUGCAUAAACACAUCGGACUUGAAACUGAUACGUACAUCUGCAAUGACGAAAUGGAGGUUGCAAAGGAGGAAAGUUGAUAUUAAUGUUAGGUUAUUCAGAAAUUUUUAUGGAUGUAUUUUUUUUUAGGGAAAUUCUAAAUAAAGAAAUUCAUUUUUGAUGAGAUGCUCUAAUUAACGGAUAUGAAAAUCCCAAUGAUGUCGGGGACCAGUAAAUUUUGGGACCCUAACCCUAGAGGUUUUACAGCUGAGUUCAAUAUGGAUUGGAUUCGAUAGUGUACCCCAGAGAGAGGGCGCUAGCCCGGGUACAUAAGUAUUAGGUCCACCAGUGCACACAAUUAUUCUGUUAUUCUCUCCUGCCCGUUUAACUACUCCUCGAGACAUUUCUGCUGAUGGCCCUUGCAUUAUAGCAGGAGAAAUGAAGUAAUAGUAAGCAAAAUAUGCAAAACCGCGGGCAAUUGGAAGGUGUAUUCUUAAAUAUAUCGCUGAAGUUAGCAAUAAAAAAAUCUCGAAAGCUUGGAGUUCGAAUCAAAUCUUUGGUUUAAAUGUAAUUGGGAUUUAGAUGCAGAUUCUUCACUCCUGAUCCAAUAAAAUUAUAUACCAAAGAAGUUAAUUUUUCAAAAUUGACUAUUUUUACUUUCGUCAAGGGUGUUAGAGAUAUCUGGCAAGUAAAUAGCUAAGGAAUGCUUGGAUCGUAUCAUCCAAAAGUUUGUCUAUAACUAAAAAAAUAAAAGGCCUAUGUCUGCAUUUGGAGUUUCUAGAGGUUGGUAAGGUGAAAGUGGUCACCCUAGAGCAUUGAGUACUCUGGCUCGGGCCAGUGACUAUUCAGCUUAUAUGGUUUUUUGCGAAAAAUUAGUUUUAUCUCAUCUUGAUAGGCAUUCGCUCAUUCACACAAGUGAGAUGGGCAUUCGCUCCUUCCCACAAGUGAUAUAUGUUGCCACCUAUGUGGGUUCAGUCCUACUAGGCCUGGUAGAUUCUAACAUGCCCAUGAUUACAUAGCUCAGUUUAGGUUCAAGUAAGAGCUAGAAGAUGUCAGCCAUGAAAGUACCAACUCCUAAAGUCAUUGUUCCUUUUUCUUUGCUGACCUGUCAUGCAAAAGGUAAGCUAACAGAGUGAAUGCGCCUUGCACAAAGUAAAGGCUGUAAGCUCUGGUCAUAGAUUGAUUGUCCUCAUUGCAUCAUAAGUUGUCUGUUACACUCUAUAAAUAUGUUCUUUUCACAUUU